CUUCGGUGACUAUUACCCCCACAAUGCAGGCAUCCGCAUCCCCGCAUGCCGAUCAGUAGUCAAUAUGGCUCUUGUCGGGUGUCAUCGCGGCAUUGCAUCAUGGCCAUCAUCCGAAUUUCCACCGGGAACAAACAAGUCAUUUGCGUCCAGCAAAGGGUAUAAAUAUGUCUGUCAUUCCAGCUGUUGUGAGUAAAAUUGGACAAGUCUUUCUUCAGUCACAAACAUCCUCAAAAUGAGGUUCCUUGGGUGUCUACCGCUCCUCGGUGCAGGGCUGACUCUGGCUCUCCCUCAUGGCCGAGCCAGCUCGAACGGAUCCCUUCUUUCCUACCCGACCAAGCCGCGCAUCUUUAUCUUGUCGGAUAUUGCCAAUGAACCAGAUGAUUCCGAGUCUCUUGUUCGCUAUCUCGUCUACAGUAAUCAGUUCCAAAAUGAAGGGCUUGUGGCCGUCACUUCCACAUGGCUGAAGGACCAAGUACGCCCGGACUUGAUGCUGGAGACCAUUGAUGCCUACGCGAAGGUGGUAGAUAACCUGAAUAAACAUGCUCCUGAGGAUUCGCCGUAUCCUUCGGCAGAAUACAUGAGAGGGAUUGUGUCUCAUGGUCUUCCGGUAUAUGGCAUGGAGGCUCUCAAGGACAACAACACCUAUAGCCCCGGCGCUGAACUCCUCAUCAAAAGUCUCACCAACACGACCUCUGGUCAGCCCCUUUGGGUCUUGUCUUGGGGCGGCGACAACGUCCUUGCACAGGCUCUCCUGAACAUAUCUCUCACAUAUUCUCCCUUUGAGGCAGCAUCAUUCCGCUCAAACCUAUGGGUCUACACCAUCUCCGAUCAAGACGACACUGGGGCUUGGAUCCGCAACAACUGGCCCGAAAUCCACUUUAUAAACUCCAUGCACGCCUUUAAUCAGUAUGGAGUGGCUGCCUGGUCGGGGAUCUCAGGCGAGAUCAACUAUGAUUUCGAUAAAGGCGGCCCAGAUUCGUCGUAUGUGACGCACGAAUGGCUGAAGAAGAACAUCCGGAUCGGACCACUCGGAGCCAAGUAUCCUGACUUCGAAUAUAUCAUGGAGGGAGAUAGCCCUACGCUGCUGUAUAUGAUCCAGAACGGCCUGGGUGAUCCCGAACACCCGAAUUAUGGCAGUUGGGGUGGACGGUACGCGCCAGUGUGUGAAACAUGUGACUGGGACAAUCACUACAGCGACACGGAGGACCAGGUCAUCGGCAUGAACAACGAAACUUUCACCUCCAACAAAGCGACAAUCUGGCGUUGGAGAGAGGCAUACCAGAAUGACUUUGCGGCACGCAUGCAGUGGACGUUAUCUGCUUCGGAGACGAACAAGACCUGGAACCAUCACCCGGUGGUGGUUGUAAAUGGGGCGGGUGGGUUGCAUCCUGUCACUGUCAAUGCGUCCGUGGGGGCGAAAAUCACCUUGGAUGCGGGAGAGACAUAUGAUCCCGAUGGAGAUGGUCUGUCCUUUGAAUGGUUCCAGUAUCUGGAGCCGUCCACGGAUAACGCGAGCACGGAGGGGAACGUAGCCGAUCUGAACAUAACCACCACUUCUGGUGGAAGAGUCGCAACGGUUAAGGUUCCGACAGCGGAGGACAGCUGCGACGAGGAUGGAUGCCAAUUGUUGCAUUUGAUUCUACGAGUAAAAGACACUGGGAAUCCGCCGUUGACCACAUACCGACGCACGCUGAUCCAAGUGUCAAACAGCACGUCAGUCUAG